AUGCGUCCCCGUCUCUCUCAACCCGUAAUAACCCUCCGCGUCCUCCGGCGUUGCUACUCUUCCGCCACUACUGAACCUCUUAUCCGCGUAACAAACCUCCCCGCGCCCAACACUGGACAUAUUCGCAUUCUCGAAUUGAACCGCCCCUCAGCUCGAAAUGCCAUCUCAAAAGCCCUCCUAGCAAACCUACGCGCCGAGAUUGAUGAAUUGCAUAGCCAGUAUGGACCCAAUGGCGAGGAAUUGCCUCUUCCGCAACGCUUUGGUGGUGCUGCUGGUGUAGAUGAGAAGGGCCCCACGAGAGCUGUUGUCCUGGCUAGUGCUGUCGACACCUCUUUUUGCGCGGGCGCUGAUCUCAAGGAGCGCAAGGGAUUUACUCCUGGAGAAACCGCCGAGUUUCUUACAAAUCUUCGCAGCACCUUUACAUCGCUCUCCAACCUCCCCAUCCCGACCAUCUCAGCCAUUUCCUCCGUCGCACUCGGUGGCGGCCUCGAGCUCGCCCUCUCCACCCACUUCCGAGUCCUCAGCUCGAACGCAACAGUCGGUCUUCCGGAGACACGUCUUGGCAUUAUCCCCGGCGCUGGCGGUACCCACCGUCUGCCCGCCUUGAUCGGUCUCUCGCGCGCCCGCGAUCUGAUCCUCACCGGCCGUCGAGUCGGAGCUCCAGAGGCUUACUUCCUCGGCAUCGCGGACCGUCUGGUAGAAGUUGUGCCCGAGGAUGAGCGCGACGGCUCUGCUAUUCUCAGUGAGGCGAGAAAGGCGGCUUUGAGCGAGGCUGUGAGACUAGCGCAGGAAAUCUGCGAGGGAGGACCUAUUGGUGUGAGAGCGGGACUUCAGGCUGUCGCGUGGGCGAGGGAAGAGGUGGAAAAUAAGAUGUAUGAGCGAGUCGUCAACUCUGAGGACAGGAAUGAGGCGCUCAAGGCAUUCGGGGAGAAGAGAAAGCCCAUCUUCACCGGCCGAUAA